AUGGAUCCCCGCGAUCUCAAACAGGCCGCAAAACUCAUCAAUAACCAGCUAGCGUCACGUGGGCUUCUUCGAGGCGGAAAAUCAAUCCCAUUCCACAAGCCGUCCGAGGAUGACACCACUCCCGCAAAGAUCAUCAACAUCAUCCAUGAGCUCAUUGCUCGGCGAGAUGUGGAGGAGGAGGAGCGAGAGUCGUUGGCGAUGACACUGAGGUCGCUAAGAGCUCAGGAGACGAAGCAGGCAGAGAUUAUUGAAUCUCUGAAGGCAAAGAACGCAGACCUAGCACGGCGAAACGGACUACUCGAGUCAGCAUCCCGUUCCUUCGACCAUACGCUCAGAACAUCGGAGGCCGCGCAACGGACACUCCGCGAUGAGGCAACCCGGAUCAAGACGGUCCUAGGGCAGGUGCGUACGCAAUGCGCAAACGACAUCCGAAAACGUGAUAUCCAGAUCACGAAGCUGAAGGAACGACUCACGGACACUCGGCCACGGGGACAACGCGCCCAACUUGCCAGCUGCACAAUUAUCAAUCCUGCCAACCUCGAUACCUCUUCCCGGGCGGAAGAGGAGACGUCCAAUAUUGCACAGGAGACGGCGGACUUCCUUACUACGCUGAGUCAGAAUCUGGCGGACGAAAACGAUAAUCUUAUUGCCCUCGUCCGAACUACCCUUUCUACACUCAAAGCGAUCCAGGGCCUGCCAGAUGAUGAUCAUUUUGCUCAAGAGGAUCAGGAUGAGGAGCGGCCGGUGGUGGCCCCGCCGGCUGACUUCGACAAGUUCACGACAGAGUUGGAUCAGGUUCUGUUUAGCCUUAAGGAGAUGCUCAAUCAGCCCAACUACGUUCCACUCGAGGACCUGGCCGAGAAGGAAGCAGAGAUUACGAGACUUGUGGCUAAGAAUGAGAUGCUGGAAACCGAAUGGAAGAAAGCUAUCGCUUUAGUCGAUGAGUGGAAUAGGACACUGAGCCGCGGCUUCACCCAAGGAGUUGGCGGAGAGCAACGGGAGAAGGCACUGGCACAGUCAGAGGACAUAUUGAAGAAUAGCCCAAAGAAGGUUGGUAGUCCAAGGAGAUCGGUCAUGGAAGUCUUCAAGGAAAGAGGCAUGGAAGAAGAGUAUGAAGAAGAGGAAGACAUGAAUGAGGGAAUGAGGGCUGUGCUGUCAAUGGUACAGGAGGAAGAUGAAGAAGACGAUGAGGGGGAGGAGCAACAGAUGGAACUAGUGGCCGAGGAAGUGGAGGAAGAGGUGCAGGCUGAAGAGGAAGAAGCAGAAAUAGAGGCUGAAAAAGAGAUGGACGAGGAAGUAGACGAAGAAGCGGAGCAGGAACCAGAACCCGUAGUUGAGGAAAUAGAGCAAGAGGAGCAGGAGGAGAAAGAGGAGGAUGAGGAGCAUGGAGAGCAAGAGGAACCAGCGGUCGAACAAACAGAAGACCAGGAAGAAACGAUGAUCGAGCAGCAAACCCCACAAAUGGAGGAGCUCGCCGACGAGGAGGCCACACAAGAGGUGGUCGUAGUCCAACCCCCCAUCAAGUCUUCAAGGAACCAGUCCAAACGUAAAUCAAGAUCCACGCCUACACCUACACUCACGCCCGAACCUCAGCCUACCUCAGCCAGCAAGCGUAAGUCCUCAAAUGCAAAGGACAUUCCCUUCCGUCAGCUCUUUGAAGACAGAGAAAUUGCCACAAAAUCCCCUUCAAUGGUUCCCAAGCCUACAACUAGGAGGAGAGGGUCUACUCUUACAGCACUUGACGAGCCUGAGGAAAUCGCCGAGGUACCAGCCAAGAAGGGACGAAGAAAGUCACGAAAGGAGGAAGCCACUCUCCCUGAAGAAGAGGCUCCUCCUCUUCCUGCUGUGCCUAAGUCGACAGCCAAAUCCAAGACACCAGUAUUGUCUAAGGCACCAGUAUUGUCCAAAACACCGGCACUAUCCAAGACCCCAGCAGCGUCCAAGACGCCGUCCAGGAAAAGUCCACGAAAGAAGGCUACACGAGUCACUCCCGAGUUAGAUGCUAGUGCCCGCCAACUUGUGCAGGAGGAAUUGCAGGCUACCCCGGCUCGUGUUCUCGAAAUUAAAAAGAACACCACCUCUAGAAGGACCAGGAGCACGAGUCUAGCUGCAGAGGCAGAGAAAGCGCAGACCGAUGCCGAGGACUCAACCAGCGGCCAGGAUGCCCCCAAAAGCAGAAGCAGAAGGCAGACUAGGAGAACCGUUGCGGAAGAAGUCACGAUGGUAGGAGAGACAACAGAGAUAUCAGCCCUUGAGUCAAUCAUGAUUGAAGACUCGGCUCCAAAAUUAAGGCUGCGACCAAGAGCUUCGAGGAACAGAAAGGAGCCCGAGCCCGAGCCCGAAGUCGAAGAUCUGGAUAUGCUGUUGAGCAAAGCCAUCCGCGACCCAUCAGAAGCGCCCGAACCCGCGCCUGAGCCUGAGCCCGUACCAAAGCGGAGCGUCCGAGGAAGAAAGAAGGCUGCUGAAGCUGACACCACGGUCGAAACCACUAUGCUCGAAGACACCUUCGAAGAAGUCUCCAAGAAGUCUGAUCUCCGGCGCCGCUCCUCACGGCACAAAAAGCCUGAUGAAACCGAGAACAUGCUCGCUGAUCUCAGCGCUCCCGAACCCGUCCACUACCAAGAGAUCCCCAACGCUGUCCAAGUUGUUGCCAUGCGUGACGGUUCAGCAGAGGAGGGAGUGGAGGAGGAGAAGGAAGGAGCAGGAGGGGCGAAGCUGAGCCGGGCGAGAAGAAAGUCGCUGCGGAAUCGUGAUAAAUAUCCCCGUGAUGGUCAAGGAAUUGUAGCCGAGCCGGUGCCUGUACCGGUGGAGGCCUCGCCGAGCAUGCCAAAGAGAAAGAGGAAGAGUACUGCAGACCGCGAAGGGCAGCAGGGACUGAGGACAAGCCCGAGGAAGAGGGUGGCAAGGAGUGUGGAUGUAUAA